AUGCCCCGUAACCAAUCUUCACGUAAUAACCGUAACCGUCGUAAUCAUCGCGGCUAUCGCCGCCAGCAAGAAAUCGAAAUCGAAGAAGAAAACUUUGAGAUGCCCGAUGAGUCUGAGAUCCUCAGUCUUGUUGAAACAAAAAGAAAAAGUAUCAAAGAACUCGUCGAAAUGGGACGAGAGCUCGAAGUCGAAAAUGUUGGUGGGUUAACACGACAAGAACUUAUUUACGGUAUCUUAACGACGCAUAUGCGUAACGAAGGUGCUGUACGAGCCGAGGGGACAUUAGAAGUACUACCAGAUGGUUAUGGCUUUUUACGUAGUGCCGAUUAUAACUAUUUACCUGGCCCAGAUGAUAUUUAUGUUAGUCCUAGCCAAAUACGUCGUUUUAUUUUGCGCAAAGGAGAUUCUAUUCGUGGUCUGAUUCGGCCACCAAAGAGUGGAGAACGUUAUUUUGCCUUACUAAAGGUUGAAAGUAUUAAUAACGAUCUACCAGAGCACAAUAAAGAAAAAAUUCUUUUUGAUAAUCUGACACCAAUUUAUCCAGAUAGUCGUUUAAAAAUGGAAUGGAAUGCGGAAGAAUUAUCUUCACGCGUUUUAGAACUUUUUGCUCCAAUCGGUAAAGGGCAGCGGGCUCUUAUUGUUGCGCCACCAAGAACAGGAAAAACUGUAUUGAUGCAGAGUAUUGCAAAAGCAAUCGCGCAAAAUGAUCCUGAGGUACAUCUAUUUGUGUUACUAAUUGAUGAACGGCCAGAAGAAGUUACCGAUAUGCAACGUAAUGUCAAAGGAGAGGUUGUCUCAAGCACCUUUGAUGAACCUGCCCAACGCCAUACGCAGGUAGCUGAAAUGGUAAUUGAAAAAGCCAAAAGACUUGUUGAACAUGGUAAAGACGUUGUUGUCCUACUUGAUUCUGUUACACGUCUUGCUCGGGCAUACAAUACAGUAGUGCCUUCAAGUGGUAAGGUCUUAUCUGGCGGACUUGAUUCAAAUGCGUUACAUAAGCCUAAGCGCUUUUUUGGGGCUGCACGUAAUAUUGAGGCUGGAGGCAGCCUAACGAUUAUUGGUACCGCAUUAAUUGAUACUGGUAGCCGUAUGGACGAAGUUAUCUUUGAAGAGUUUAAAGGAACUGGCAAUAUGGAGAUCCAUCUUGAUCGCCGUUUAGCAGACCGACGAAUUUUUCCUGCAUUUGAUAUUACAAAAAGUGGUACACGUAAAGAAGAAUUACUUCAUGAUGCAGAGACACUAAACCGUAUGUGGAUUUUACGUAAAGUAAUUAGCCAGAUGGGAACCAUUGAGGCGAUGGAGUUUGUGAUUGAUAAAAUCAAAGGCACGGCCGACAAUGAAGAAUUUCUUAAUAGUAUGAAUAAGUAA